AUGGAUAUGGAUGUUGAUCUCGAAUUAGAAAUGAAGAUAUCACGUAGGGAGCUCCGAGUGCUUUUGCUUCAUGAAUUCCGUUUGGGUAGCAAAGCAACGGAAGCAACACGCAACAUAUGUAGCACGAUGGGCAAGGAUGCACUCUCUAUCCGCACAGCGCAACAUUGGUUCCAUCGGUUCAAGAAUGGCAACUUCGAACUCGACGAUUUACCUCAUACCGGAAGACCAUCAGAGGUGAAUAUGGACCAUUUAAAGCAGCUUAUCGAAGAAGAUCCUAGGUUGACUACGCGGUGUUUAUCAGAGCGACUUGGGUGCUCUCAUACUACAGUGGAAACACAUCUGCACGAAUUGGGCAAAACGUGGAAAUAUGGAGUUUGGAUACCACAUGAUCUGUCACCACAUCAGCUCCAACACAGAGUCGAUGCUUGUAUGGAAUUAAUGACGUCUCACCGCAACUACCAAUGGCUCCGCAAUCUUAUUACUGGCGAUGAGAAGUGGGUGUUAUAUGUUAACCACACGCGCAAGCGACAGUGGCUAGGAGCUGGAGAAACAGGUGUAGCAACGCCCAAAAAUAAUCUUCACUCAAAGAAGAUCAUGUUGAGCGUAUGGUGGGGUGUCAAAGGAAUUAUUCAUUGGGAAAUUCUUCCAGCUGGCUGCACCGUCACUGCUGAUCUAUACUGUCAGCAAUUAGAUCGAGUUGCAGCAAAACUUCAUGGGAAGCAAGACAGAAUUUAUUUUUUGCAUGACAACGCCAGACCUCACAUUGCAAAGUCGACUCGUGAAAAAUUAUUGAAGCUCGGAUGGAUUACACUUCCACAUCCACCAUACUCUCCUGACUUGGCCCCAACAGAUUACCAUUUGUUUCGUUCUCUUUCUAAUUAUUUGGGCGAGAAAAAAUUCAACGACGAGAACGAUCUCAAAACGGACCUGACCAACUUCUUCGACCAAAAGUCUCAAGACUUCUACGAGGGAGGGAUCCUUUCUCUGCCAGAGCGUUGGCAACAAGUCAUAGAUAGUAAUGGAGCAUACAUUGUUGAAAGCUAG